AUGGCCGACAAGGAGGUCGAGUCCAUCAGCCCCUAUGGCCCAGCCCGGUCAACAGUCAAGGGCGAGCCCCUCUCCAAGGAGGACAUUGUGAAGUACAAUGACUUCUUCAAGGCCAGCUUGUACCUGUCUUUGGGAAUGAUCUUCCUCAAGGAGAACCCCCUCCUCCGGGAGCCCCUCAAGAAGGAGCACAUGAAGCUGAGGUUACUCGGUCACUUCGGAUCAGCUCCGGGUCAAAUCUUUACCUGGAUGCACUUCAACCGUCUCAUCAAGAAAUACGAUCUCGACUCCAUCUUCAUCUCCGGCCCGGGCCACGGAGCCCCCGCCGUGCUCUCCCAGUCGUACCUCGAGGGUGUCUACUCCGAGGUCUACCCAGAGAAGUCGGAGGACAUUGAGGGCAUGCAAAAGUUCUUCAAGUCCUUCUCCUUCCCCGGUGGUAUCGGUUCCCACGCUACUCCGGAGACCCCGGGCUCCAUCCACGAGGGUGGAGAGCUUGGCUACUCCGUCUCCCACGCAUUCGGUGCCGUCUACGACCAUCCCGAUCUCAUUGCCCUGACCAUGGUCGGCGAUGGUGAGGCCGAGACUGGUCCCCUGGCAACUGCAUGGCACAGCACCAAGUUCCUCAACCCCAUUGUGGAUGGCGCCGUCUUGCCCGUCCUACACCUGAACGGUUACAAGAUCAACAAUCCCACAAUCCUGGCCAGAAUCUCCCACAAGGAGCUGGAGAAUCUCUUCCUCGGCUACGGCUGGCAGCCGUACUUUGUCGAGGGCGACGAUGUCGAUACCAUGCACCAGGCCAUGGCCGCUACUCUGGAGCAUUGCGUCCUCGAGAUCCGCAAGUUCCAGAAGCAGGCUCGCGACUCCGGCAAGGCCUUCCGCCCUAUUUGGCCCUUGAUCGUCCUUCGUAGCCCUAAGGGCUGGACUGGCCCCCGCAAGAUUGACGACAACUACUUGGAGGGUUACUGGAGAGCCCACCAAGUCCCCAUCCCUAACGCCGCCACCAACCCCGAGCACAUGAAGCUCCUCGAGCAGUGGAUGCGCAGCUACGAGCCGGAACGUCUUUUCAAGGAUGGCCGUAUCUCGGAUGAGCUCAAGUCCCUCUGCCCUACCGGCAACCGCCGCAUGAGCGCCAACCCGGUGGCCAACGGCGGCGUUCUCAGGAAGCCCCUCAAGCUCCCCGACUUCAAGGAGUACGCUAUCAAGGUUGACAAGUCUGGCGGCACCAUGGCUGCUAGCAUGAACAACAUGGCUACCUACCUUCGCGAUGUCAUGGCCCAGAACAUGCAGAGCUUCCGUCUCUUCGGACCCGACGAGACCGAGUCCAACAAGCUCGGCGCCGUCUACGAGGCCGGCAAGAAGGUCUGGAUGGGCGAGUACUUUGAAGAGGAUGCCAACGGUGGCAACCUAGCCCCCGAGGGACGUGUCAUGGAGAUGCUUUCCGAGCACACCUGUGAGGGUUGGCUCGAGGGUUAUAUCCUGACCGGACGUCACGGUCUUCUUAACAGCUACGAGCCAUUCAUUCAUGUCAUCGACUCCAUGGUCAACCAGCACUGCAAGUGGAUCGAAAAGGCCCUCGAGGUCGAGUGGCGCAAUAAGAUCGCCUCCCUCAACAUCCUCCUGACCGCCGUCGUCUGGCGCCAGGACCACAACGGCUUCACGCACCAGGAUCCGGGCUUCCUCGACGUCGUCGCCAACAAGAGCCCCGAGGUCGUCCGCAUCUACCUCCCGCCCGACGGCAACUGCCUUCUCUCCACAAUGGACCACUGCCUCGCCUCGUCAAACUACGUCAACGUCAUCGUCGCCGACAAGCAGGAGCACCUGCAGUACCUCACCAUGGAGAAGGCCGUCGAGCACUGCACAAAGGGCAUCGGCAUCUGGCCCCAAUUCAGCACCGACCAGGGCGAGGAGCCCGACCUCGUCAUGGCCUCGUGCGGCGACAUCUCCACCCACGAGUCCCUCGCCGCCAUCGACCUCCUCCUCCAGCAUUUCCCCGAGCUCAAGAUCCGCUGCGUCAACUGCGUCGACCUCUUCAAGCUCAUCUCCCACGAAGACCAUCCCCACGGCCUCACAAACGCCGAAUGGAUCUCCCUCUUCACAGACGACAAGCCCGUCAUCUUCAACUUCCACUCCUACCCCUGGCUCGUCCACCGCCUCACCUACAAGCGGCCCGGCAACAUGAACCUCCACGUCCGCGGCUACAAGGAAAAGGGCAACAUCGACACGCCCCUCGAGCUCGCCAUCCGCAACCAGACGGACCGCUUCAGCCUCGCCAUGGACGCCAUCGACCGCAUGCCCCAGCUGCACAACCGCGGCGCCGCCGCCCGCGAGACGCUGCGCAACCAGCAGAUCGCCGCCCGCAUCGAGGCGUUCGAGACGGGCAUGGACCCGCCCUUCCUCAAGAACUGGACCUGGUCCCACAACGGCCUGUGGCAAAAGGUCGCCAAGAUCACCACCUAA